CACGCGCGCGCACAUUCAUCUCCUCUCGGUUGUGCGGCUUUUAUUCACGGCAGCGCGCGCGACAGGCAGACAGGCACGAGCUCGCGCCGCCAUCGUUCUUUAUUUUCUCGCGUUUCCGGUUCACUUCUUCUUUCAUCUUUUUUUUCUUUCUUUUUGUUGAUGUUUUCUGUGUCUCAGAGCGGGAAGAUGGACCUUCUGUCCUGAGCUCUUUUCUCCUUCAUCUGUCCAUCAUGAACCGCUAACAGGAGACCGGACUUUCUCUCUCUCUCUCUCACACACACACACACACACACACACACACACACACACACACACCGGGAUACACGGAUCUCGGUAGAGCGCAUCGGAAUAACCCGCAGUGGAAUUAGCGCAGGAUGCUAAGGCAUUAGCGUGGAAGGAGUUUGGUGUUCCAGAAGGACGGACCUCGUCGUCGCUCCAGCUCUCUGCCCUGGUGCUAAUCGCGGUGAGCGGCCAUGUCGAACAUAAACAGUGCGCUAUGCAUAGAAAGCGCCGCUAAUGCGGAAGUGUCUCUGCUACAGAAGGACGCACUUCAGGAAGCCGGAUUAAACCAGCUGUUGGAUUACAACGCGGAACUCGAACGCUACCGCUCUUUCGCAAACUUUUACAAAACCAAUGGCGCAUUUCCACAGAGUGCCAAGAUCGCUCGCAUCACCACGCCCAUCUUCCCCAGUGCGCGGAUCGGCGUCUCGCCUUGGAACUGCGACAACGCUGCCGUGCUUUGGGGACGCAAGUCGGCGCCGAUCCACCCGAACAGAACCCGGAGCGAGUCGUCUCAGCGUGCCGGGAAACCCGAUGCCCUGCAGAUGGCAAACGGUAACUUCCUGUCCACGUUAUCGCCGGAGCACUGCAGGCCGCUAGCGGGGGACUGCGUCAACAAGCUUAAGUGUGGUGGCGCUGCUGAAGCGGAGAUCAUGAACCCGGCGUUCUCUGCUCUCCCUGCUCUGGGGGGCAUCUCUUUACCCCCUGGGGUCAUCGUCAUGACUGCGCUGCACUCCCCUGCCUCUGCGUCCGCCGUCACAGACAGCGCGUUUCAGAUCGCUAACCUGGCAGACUGCCAGCAGCACAGCAACAACCACAGCAAUCACAUCUCCUCUCCUGCGUCCGGAGGAAACGCCGCCAAGAAAAAGAGGAAACGCUGCGGUGUGUGUGCCCCCUGCAGGCGGCUCAUUAACUGCGGUGUCUGUAGCAGCUGCAGAAACCGCAAGACCGGACACCAGAUCUGCAAAUUCCGCAAAUGUGAAGAGCUGAAGAAGAAACCGGGCUCAUCGCUCGAGAGGACGCCGGUGAGCAGCGGAGAGGCAUUCCGAUGGUUCUUCUAGUCCCAAGGAGACACAGUCAUUUCACAUUCUUCAAUAACUGACUCAAAUAAAUGGAUUUAACGUCUCCAGAACCUGGAAGUGAAACCAAACCUCAGCAGAGAAACGACAGGAACGAUAGAAACGAGAGACAGACUGAGAAAGAGAGAGAGAGGAAUUGUGGAUGAGAAAAGGUUUACCUCUGUAAUUUGUUUCUUUCUUGUAUAAUUAUCAACAUUUUCAGUGUCUCUGCGUGUUCAGUGUCGUGGCUGAUGAAGCUACGAAUGCUAACUUAAAGACAAUCAGGAUCCGGAACAAACCAUUCACCCGGAAUAAACCAUUCACCCAGUGGACAGUGUGAUCACGCUGAAUGACUCGGAGCGGUGAGACGAGGUGACUGAAGGCCAAACGACAACAGGUCGACAUGCACUGGAAUAAACCAUUGUCGAGUAAACAGGGGGUUAGAUAGAAUCUGUCUGUCUGUUCAUUUAUCUAUCUCUCUCUCUAUCUUUCUGCUCUGCAUAGCUACAACAAUCCAUUUCUGAAGGGAGAAGAAGGGAGUAUGAUUCUCUUUCUCUCUUUGUGUUUGUAAACCAUUUCACAAGAUAAAGGGAGGAUCAGGAUUUACAGAUAAUCUUUUUAUCCAUUAUUUCAUUUACCUGUCUGUCUCUCUGUCCAUCUCCUUGUGGGCACCUGCAUCCAUCCAUAUAUCGCAUCCAUCCAUCCAUCCAUCUUUGAUUAGAACAAACCAUUUCUCAUUAAUUUCUGAUCAAUGUCCAAUGGUUUGUCAUGUGACCUUAUUGAAUGUGUGAUGCCAUCAAUGAUGUCAUGACAUCACGUGCAGUAUGGACCAGUCGCCUAGCCUCGCCGCUGCUGGACGCUAGAUGGAGGAACCGAGACCGUACGCAGACCUGCAGCAAUAAUCAAAAACUACUUCAGAGUUUCAGUUGAUCUCAUUGGCCGGGAUGCGAGACGCAGCCAAUCACAGUUCUGUGCUUUUUUCUUUUGGUUUCUCGCCGCUGGGGCGUAACGCAGGGCAUAUUGUCUUGCUAUCAUCGUGGUGUAAGUUUUAAUUUGUGAUGUGAAAUGUCUUGAUUUUGACAGAAAAACACUGGAGCCUCAACUGUUCGGAUGAAACGUUUAAAUAGUGACGUGCCACUACAGAAGUACGGGAAGCCUGUGGGUUUAUUGUUUAUUUAUUUCUCUGUCCAGAGAAUUGCAAAUAGCUAAAUUGAUUAGUGGCUAAAUUAGUGUCCUGGGCCAACUAACGAAUCAUUUAAACCUGUUUUAUUAAGCGUUUUAGCUAAACUGGCUAGGAUUGUAUGGACUAGAGCUAGCUAUCUGGCAUUACACUGGAGAAGCUAAACAACCCCAGCUAAUCAGCUAGCUAGCAUUUAAUAUUUACAACCCCUGUAUAAUCAAUAAAAAACGGACAUUGUCACCAGGAAGUGUUCAGUAGCUCACAGCCGCUCUGGACUCCUGCAGGUUGGCACAAGGAAAUAAAUUCAAAUAAAUAAAAACAUGCUAAAUUUAGCACAGAUCCGUUGGCUAUCUGCAGCAGAUGAAUUGAAGCGUGAGAAAAAAAAAUUCCUCUUAUUAUAGCUAGCUGGCUAAUGCUAGCACUUUAGCACUUAGCAGUAAAAAUCAUGAGAGACUAAUAAUGAGUGAGUUUUAGCUUUAACACGUCGCUGUGUCUGAACUUCAGUUCGUCUGUUGGAGGAGAUUGGAUCUGUGUGGUGGUGGUGGUGGUGAUGAUGAUGUGAAACUCCACAAUCUAAAAUAAUGGUGUUAAAAAACCCUAACCCUGAAGCUAGCGUACAUGCUAGUGCUAAUGCCCUGCUGUUGCAUGUGUAUCUGUGUUUUUGGGUUUAAAGGUUAAUGAGUUUGUAUUUCGUCGUUGUGAUGCUUUUAUGUGUUCAAAUGAAAAAAGGACCAAAAAAAGUUGGAAAAAAUAA